CAGGAGACCAUGCUGACGUCACUGGCACGGCGGUUCCCGUCUGCAUGUGGGUGCAGUUGAACAGCUUUCAACAGGAAACAGUAGCUGAUGUGAAGCCGGGUGUCCAUCAGUAACGCCCUAUUGUGCUGAAGAUGUCUAAUAGCAACACGACACAGGAGACACUGGAAAUAAUGAAAGAAUCGGAAAAGAAGCUGGUUGAAGAAUCUGUGAACAAAAACAAGUUUGUAUCCAGGUCACCAAGCAAAGAAGAACUGGAGAAGGAUGGGGAGGAGGGCAGCACACGGCAAGAAACUCAGAGGCGGACAUCCAAUCAUGGUCAUGCUAGGAAAAGAACCAAGUCAAAUUCAAAGAUGAAGCUAGUCAGAAGCCUGGCUGUAUGUGAGGAAUCCUCUAGUCCUUUUGUGGAUGGGCCAUUAGAGACUCAGGAUAUCAUACAGUUGCACAUCAGCUGCCCCUCUGACAAGGAAGAAGACAAGUCUACAAGAGAUGGCCCUGAAAAGGAAGAUAAAGAAAAAAAUAAAGAGAAAGCACCCAAGAAAAUGUUAUCUAGAGAUUCCAGCCAGGAAUACACAGACUCCACUGGAAUAGAUUUGCAUGAAUUUUUAGUAAAUACACUGAAGAAGAACCCAAGGGAUAGGAUGAUGCUGCUAAAAUUAGAACAGGAGAUCUUGGAAUUUAUUAAUGAUAACAAUAAUCAGUUCAAGAAGUUUCCCCAAAUGACCUCAUAUCACAGAAUGCUUUUACACCGGGUUGCUGCUUAUUUUGGCAUGGACCACAACGUAGACCAAACUGGGAAGGCCGUCAUUAUCAACAAAACCAGUAACACAAGAAUCCCUGAGCAGAGAUUCUCUGAGCACAUCAAAGAUGAGAAGAACUCUGAAUUUCCACAGAGGUUUAUUCUCAAGCGAGAUGACACCAGCAUUGAUCGAGAUGAUAAUCAGAUCAGAAUCCCACUGCAGGAUGGACGGAGGAGCAAAUCCAUAGAAGAGCGGGAAGAAGAAUAUCAGAGGGUUAGAGAACGCAUAUUUGCACGGGAGUCGGGCCAGAAUGGAUUCCUGAAUGACAGCAGACUCUCCAAAGAAGGCUUUUCUUCUAGCUCUCACAAAAGGCGACAGAUCUUUAGGGGUAAUCGUGACGGGCUCAGCCGGGCUUCGGGUAGCCGCCAGAGCAGCACAGAGAGCGAUCUCAAGUCACUGGAACCUCGGCCAUGGAGUAGCACAGACUCGGAUGGCUCGACUCGCAAUCUGAGGCCUCCUGUCACUAAAGCCAGCAGCUUCAGUGGCAUUUCUAUUUUGACACGAGGAGACAGCAUUGGUGGCAUUGGCAAAGGGAGCAGCGCUGGACGAACUGUCAGGCCAGGUCUGUCACUCAGUACCUCAGAAGGGUGUAGCCAAGUCUCCUCUGCUCAGCCUGGCCGAGGCCUCUUGCCCUGUGCUGCCCAGCAGCAGCAGCCGCAGCAGCAGCAUCAACAGCUUCCACCUACUCCCCAGCAACAGCCAGCAAUGAGUAAUCACAUCAUAUCACAGCCGGUCCCAGCUCUGCAGCCCUCUCCACAGCCUGUUCAAUACUCUCCAAGCUCCUGCCCCCAAGUCCUCCUGCCAGUUUCUCCACCCCAGCAGUACAACAUGGCCGAUGAACUCAGCAACCCCUUUGGCCAAAUCAACCUCAGCCGCCAGGGUUCUGCUGAAACACCAGAUCCGUCCUCGUCCAUGUUCCAGCCACCAAUCAUGUCCCAGCAUCCUCAGCAGACUGGAUUCAUUAUGGCUUCCCCAGGGCAGCCAAUCACAGCCUCCAACUUCUCUGCCUCUGGACACACAGCACCCGCCCAGCAAGUCUUGCAGCCCCAGAGCUAUAUGCAGCCUCCCCAGCAAAUUCAGGUUUCUUACUACCCACCAGGGCAGUACCCAAACUCUAGCCAGCAGUUUCGACCUCUCUCUCACCCGGUGGCCUACAGCCCACAGCGCAGCCAGCAGCUGCCUCAGCAGUCACAACAGCCUGGUUUACAGCCAAUCAUGUCCAACCAGCAGCAGACAUACCAAGGUAUGAUAGGAGUGCAGCAAUCCCAGGGCCAGAAUCUCCUCAGCAACCAGCGCAACAACAUGGGUGGCCAGAUGCAGAGCAUGAUGGGUGUCCAGCAAUCGCAAAGCCAGAGCCUCCUGAACAAUCAGCGAGGAAACAUGGGCAGUCAGAUGCAAGGCCUGAUGGUCCAAUAUACUCCACUGCCUUCAUAUCAAGUGCCAGUGGCUAAUGAGUCUCAGGGCGUAGUCCAGCAGCCCUUUCAGCAGCCUGUUCUGGUCCCAGCCAACCAGUCUGUUCAAGGAGGACUACAAGCUGGGGGAAUGCCAGUCUAUUACAGUGUUAUCCCACCAGCCCAACAGAAUGGCACCAGCCCUUCUGUCAGCUUUCUCCAGCCUCCUGGGACAGAGCAGUACCAGAUGCCCCAGUCCCCUUCACCCUGCAGCCCACCACAAAUGCAGCAGCAGUAUUCAGGGGUAUCUCCGACUGGGCCUGGUGUUGUAGUAAUGCAACUCAAUGUACCCAAUGGCCCCCAACCACCCCAGAAUCCUACAAUGGUGCAAUGGAACCACUGCAAGUACUAUAGUUUGGACCAGCGAGGUCAGAAGCCUGGAGACAUCUAUAGCCCAGACGCCAGCGCUCAGGCCAGCAGCACCCAGUUGAACAGCCCCAUCACAUCCCCUACCCAGUCCCCAACACCAUCACCUGUCACGAGUCUCAACAGUGUCUGCACAGGUCUCAGCCCCCUCCCGGUGCUCACGCAGUUCCCCCGGCCGGUGGGCCCAGCACAAGGUGAUGGGCGCUAUUCCUUGUUGGGCCAGCCACUGCAGUACAAUCUCUCUAUUUGCCCCCCACCUAUGUUGCACAACCAGUCCAGCUAUACAGCACACCAGGGACAGGCAGGAAUGAAGCAUGGCAAUCGAAACAAGAAGCAGGCUCUCAAGUCAGCAUCUACGGACCUUGGGACAAGUGACGUAGUGCUGGGCCGCGUCCUGGAGGUAACCGACCUACCUGAGGGCAUCACGCGUACCGAGGCCGACAAGCUCUUCACUCAACUUGCCAUGUCUGGUGCCAAAAUCCAGUGGCUCAAAGAGACUCACGGGCGCCCUGGGGGCGGCGGCGACAACAACCACGGAACUGCAGAGAACGGCAGGCAUACUGACCUUGCUGCCUUAUACACCAUUGUGGCCGUCUUCCCCAGCCCUUUGGCAGCCCAGAAUGCCUCCCUGCGUCUCAACAACUCCCUUAGCUGCUUCAAGUUGCGAAUGGCCAAAAAGAACUAUGACCUGCGUGUACUGGAGCGUGCCAGCUCCCAAUAGGGGCAGGUGGAGGGGCAGGGCGUGGGGUCCACAAGCACACUGGACUGGCCUUUCCGGUCCCCACUCUGUCCCUUGACUCCUCUUCUGCCUCCCACCCUACUUUAUUUCCACAUGCACCUCCUCCUUUCUUUCUUUCUUUUUUUUAAAUGGUGGGAAACUGGGGGGCGGAAUCUUUCUGGAGAUAUUUAUACGGACAGAAUGAAGAGAAGAGACAUUGAUUUUUGUUUUUGUUUGGGGGUUUCUGUUUUUAUUUUAUUUUAUUUUUUUUUUGCGUGGAAGAACAUGUCCCACCCCUUGCCCCCUUUCCAGAACAUGUGUAUAUUGUUUUUGUUCAGCGUUGUGCCGCGGUACGCAGCCGUAUUUAAUUGCACAUACAGAUGUUGGCUGGGUAUGUUCACUGUACAUUUUAUUUAAUCUGGGUUUAUUAUUAUUAAUAUUAUUAUUUGGUUUUUAAAUAUAAAAAAAAUUGUCUGUCACUUUAAAGCUGCUUCUU